GAGCAGGGCUGCGCGGCCAGGAUGGAAAAAAUGAUCUGGGCCUCUUGUAGGACACGCCGACCAUGAGCAACUCCCCUGUACAGCGACUGCUCACUCUACCCAUCGACGGACUCCGCCCCACGCAGAUCACGGUGGGGUUCAAGGAUGUUGAACUGAAGCGCCUGACCAUCCGCUCACUGAUUGUGAAAGCGGACAGGCUCUACAACUACCUCAAUGCCAAACGGGUCAGUGUCGUCAUUGGCCCUGGCAAAAUACCCUAUAUUGUCGAUGGCCAUGCACUUGUGCGUGCGCUCUAUGAGACCAGGCUCCAAGCGGCACAUUGUGUGGUGCUGGAAGACUACAGCACAGUAGCAACACAGGAUGCCUUUUGGGAGAAGAUGUACAGCCGUCGCUGGGUGUUUCCCUUCGACUCCGAUGGCCAUGGACCGCUGCCAUUCAGCGCGAUUCCGCUGCAUGUCAAGGACAUGACGGACGAUCCCUUCAAGAGCCUCGCCUCCGCCGUGCAGCGGUCGGGUGGUUUUUUGCCUCCUUCCCAGCCGCAGGACGAAUGGGAGUGGGUGCAAUAUCUCCGCAGCAGGGUGCAUGGGGAUCCGAACGCCAACAUGCCCGGGGCGCUUGUGGAUGCCUCCCAUGCUGCCCACAUGAUCGAGGCAGCGGCCCUGCCAGGGUUCAUUCCGCCAGGAUGGUGAUUUUUUUCUCCUUUCCAAUGGACAGAACAACAC